UAUGCAAGAAAUCAAAUCAUCUCAUCUUAACCCCUAUUAUUAGCUAUUUAUACAGAGGGCAAUUCAAGCCCUCUAGCAAUCAAUCGUUAUUGGAUCCCAUCAUCUUCACAUUACAGGAAAAAAGGAGAGAGUGUUGCAGUAACAAUGACAAAUUUUGACCAAAGAGAAAACAGAAAGAAGCAGGUAAUAGCAAUAAUUGGAGCUGGAAUCAGCGGCCUCUUGGCAUGCAAAUACGCAAUUUCCAAAGGAUUUGAUCCAAUUGUGUUCGAGUCGGAGAGUAGCGUUGGGGGUGUGUGGACUAAGACCAUUGAGAGCACUCUGCUGCAGACACCAAAAUCCGCUUACCAGUUCACUGAUUUUCCGUGGCCCGAUUCGGUAACCGAGCUGUUUCCUGACCAACAAGCUGUGCUGGAUUACAUUGAAUCGUACGCUAAUCACUUUGAUUUGCUCCGUCACAUUCAGUUUAAACACAAAGUGUUGAGCCUAAGCUAUGGAGAUGGCGACACAAUAAGUGGAGAAUGGAAUUUGUGGGGCGGAACCGGCGAGGCUUUUGGCAAUAAAGGGAAGUGGAGCGUCGAUGUACAGGACACUCGAGCCCUCUCCACACAGACAUACCAAGUUGAUUUUGUAGUAGUUUGCGUAGGAAGGUUCAGCCAGGUUCCACACAUACCUCAAUUUCCUGCAAACAGAGGCCCCGAAGCUUUUGAGGGUGAAGUAAUCCAUUCAAUGGACUAUUCCAAAAUGGACUCCGAAACUGCAACCAAUUUCGUUAAAGGAAAACAAGUAGCCGUUGUUGGAUUCCAGAAAUCAGGAAUGGACAUUGCCAUGGAGUGCUCAACGGUUAAUGGGGUUGAACGUCCAUGCACAGUAGUAAUCAGGACACCGCAUUGGAACCUUCCUGAUUAUUUCCCAUGGGGAUUCUCUCUGGCAAAACUCUAUUUAUGUCGAUUCUCCGAACUUACGGUGCAUAAACCCGGUGAAGGCCUUCUUCUAAGUCUCCUCGCCACAACUCUUUCACCAUUGAGGUGGGCCUUCUCAAAAUUUGUAGAAAGUUAUAUAAAAUGCAAAAACAGGCUUGCAAAACAUGGAAUGGUGCCAGAGCACAGCUUCUUAAAUGAUUUGACUUCCUGUUCACUUGCUAUAGUGCCGGAGGGCUUGUACGACAGAGUUGAGGAAGGAAGUAUCAAGCUCACCAAGAAAGUAGAGAUUUUUGGAUUCUCUAAAGAAGGUAUCAUGCUCAAGGGUCAGGCUGAACCAAUAAAAUCCGACUUAGUCAUAUUCGCUACUGGCUUCAAGGGAAUUGAUAAGCUCAAACACAUUUUUGAAUCAACAAAAUAUCAGGAAUUCAUAGCCGGCUCAGAUGAUUCUGCAGCUCCCCUCUAUAGGGAAUGUAUCCAUCCUCGAAUUCCACAACUGGCAAUAAUUGGAUUCUCAGAAAGCUUAGUAAAUCUAUACACCUCGGAAAUAAGGUGUCGAUGGCUGGCAGAGCUUCUUGAUGGAAAUUUUAAGCUACCUAGCAUCAAGAUUAUGGAAAAAGACACAGCAGAAUGGGAUAAAUACAAGAAGAGAUAUUCUUGUAGGAAGUACUACAGGAGAUCAUCUAUAGCUGCAUUGCACAUUUGGCACAAUGACCAACUCUGCGAGGACAUGGGCUGGAAUCCUAAGAGGAAAAAGGGUCUUUGGACUGAGUGGUUCGAACCCUAUGGACCAAUGGAUUACACCGGCUAAUACGGAGUAUAAAAGAGCUCCAAAACCUCUCAUUUCAAUUUCAAGAAUGAAGCCUCUUUUUCCUAUUUUUCUUUUACUGGACCUUGAACGAUAAGAUCAAACAAAUUGGCACAUGAUUAUAUAUUAUUUGUAUCAAAUAGGUAAGGACUCGCCAUUAAAACGAUUUGAUUCUUAAUUUGAGUUGAAGUGAAUUGAUUUC